AUGGAGCAGUCUGACGAGCUGAUCCGUAGAAUACUUGAUGAGAGAGCGCUGGAGGCGCUUGGGACACUGAAGCAUGUGAGUAAGGAAAGGGGGGUGCAGCUGCAGAGGGCACUGGUGCAGCACUUUUAUGUGGUGCGUCGGCCGAUAUGCUAUGAGGAAUAUGUUGAUAUUGCAAAGAGAAUUGGAGAUGAGUGUACGAGGGCGUCGGUUGACAUCCGAAGAAAGGGGAGUUUUUUUGAUCUGGAAGAGCUGUGA